UUGAUCGCUUGACUGAGAACAAAAUACUUGACCGAUAAUUUUAACUUCCUGACUUAAUGUAUUACAUAAAGUUUAUAGUUUUAAUCUUAAGUGCAUUUAUAAUUAUACCGAGAUGUGACAGUUUAAAUGUAUUGUUUAUGAUCACAUUUUUUGGACCAAGCCAUUUCUUGGUAUUUAAGCCUUUGGCAGAAGAACUCUCUAGACGAGGUCAUAAUGUGACAGUGAUAGUGAAUAGUAAAAUUUCAGAAUCAGAUCAUUAUAGAGCUAUAAGCAUAGCUGACGAUUCUGUAAAACCGGGAGACAUUAUACCUAUGAGUUUAUUUUCGGGAACGAGAUUUGAUCAAUAUAAGAGAGCGACAGCUCAGGCCGAGUAUUCAAAAAUGAAUUGUUUAAGAAUGGGUUCAAACAAAUUUCAGAACUUUUUAAAAGAAAACAAUACAUUUGAUGUUAUUGUAGCUGAAGUGUUUAAUACUAACUGUUUCUUUGGAUUAAUGAAAAUAUACGACGCUCCCAUUGUUGGGCUUUCCUCCACCGAUUUACUACCAUGGAUGUACCAGUGGUACGGCAGCCCUGAGAAUCCAUCUUAUAUACCAGUUCUUUUCAUGGACUACUCUGACAAACUGAGCUUUUUCCAGCGAGUGGAAAAUACGUUAAUGCUACUAUUCUCCAAACUAGUACACCUGUAUUCAAUAGCUCCUACAGGGAAUGAAUACUCCAAAAAGUACCUUGGUGUAGAUCUUUUUGAAGGAGGAGAUAUUUUAUACAACAUGAGUUUAUUGCUAACUAACAGGCACUAUACGUACCAAACUCCAAAACCUUUAUCUCCAAAUAUAAUUGAAGUAGGAGGAAUUCACUUGGACAAACCAAAGAAGUUGCCAGAGACACUGGAUAAACUGGUGAGCAGUGCACCAAAUGGAGUCAUACUAAUUAGCAUGGGUUCAACACUUAAGGGAAGUACAUUUCCUGAAGAGCAGAGAAAAAUGUUCCUCAAAGUGUUUUCACAGUUAAAAUACACCGUUAUAUGGAAAUGGGAAAAUGAUACUAUGGAGGGGUUACCAUCCAAUGUGAAACUACACAAGUGGUUGCCACAAUUUGAUUUAUUGUGUCAUCCUAACCUAAAACUCUUUAUAACCCAUGGAGGACUUUUGGGAGGACAGGAAGCGGUCUAUUGCGGUGUACCAAUGUUAAUUCUUCCACAGUUUGCCGAUCAACACUUGAAUGCAGCUUCUUUAGAGAAAACUGGAGCUUCUUUACAUAUUAAAUUAAGAUCUGCAACAGAAAAAUCUUUGACAGAAGCUAUUAAUAAAGUACUAAGACCAGAGUAUGCUCAGAAUGCCAAACUAUUAUCCGAAAGAUUCAAAGAUAGACCAAUGUCCCCAAUGGACACCGCCAUUUAUUGGAUCGAAUAUGUUGCCAAGUAUAAAGGAGCUCCGUUUAUGAGGACUGCUGUAACAGACAUGCCAUUUUAUCAGUAUUUACUUUUAGAUGUGAUAGGUUUUUUGUUUUUGAUCGGAGCAAUUUUUAUUUAUAUAUUUUAUUUCUGUACAAAACGAAUAAUAAGACUGGUUAUCAAAACGUCGACACAAUCAAAGAUUAAAAAACAUUAGAGACGCUAAGUGAAAUGUAUUAUGUAUAAUUAAAAAAAUGAUAUUUAA